AUGUUCAAAGCGGCGUUGCUGGAGACAAUCGACGCCGAGCGAAGUGACCUCAUCGGCUUUUUACAAAACCUCACACGCACCGACUCUUCAAACCCUCCUGGCGAUACCAUAGCAGCAGCUUGUGUCGUUACUACUUUUCUGGCUUCUCGAGAUGUUCCUUCUACGAUUAUCGCACCGAAAAGCCAUGCACCGAACGUCACCAGCACUUUUCCAGCAGUAUCGCAAUCCCCGGCGCAUAGUCGGUCCUCGUCGCUACAUCAAUUAGAUGGCUACCCACCGACACCAGUCGACUCACCGUUCGAGAGGAGUGGAAUCUCAACGCCGAAGCCUGGUCCGCGUUUGAUCAUGAAUGGUCAUAUUGACGCCUUUGCCAUCUCCGACGCUGAGAAAUCACAAUGGACCCACGAUCCCUGGUCCGGAGACAUUGAAAACAACAGACUCUAUGGACGCGGGGUUGUCGAUAUGAAAGCUGGAACUGCCGCAACGAUCGCAGCGUAUUCAUACAUCUUCGCACAUCGACAUCUUUUGCACGGCAUUGCUGUGCUGGAAGCAGUCUCAGAUGAAGAGAAUGGUGGAAAGUGGGGAAGCAAAUACCUUCUGAAUGAUGAUGAUAGGAGAGAAACCUGGACAGGCGACGUAAACCUCAAUGCCGAACCUACAGGCCUACAAAGCAUACGAUUUGCCGAGAAAGGCACUUUGCGAUUGACUUUCUCGAUCAAGGCCAAGAGUGCGCAUGGAGCAUACACACAUUUAUCGGAAGGAGCGAUUCGAAUUGCAACAAGGCUGAUUAUGGAGUUGGUCAAACUGGAGGAUUUCUCCGAUUUCAAGCUCGAUCCUGAAGUGAGGAAAUACCUCGAUCGACAAGAAGUGCGGGACAUAGUCGACGAGAUCAUGGGUGCUGGUGCCUCCAACAACAUCCUCAAGCCAACAGUAAACAUCGGAACCAUCAGUGGCGGUACCAAAGUCAACACUAUUCCAGGAGACUGCAAAUUCGAAGCCGAAAUUCGCCUACCAAUCGGUUUAGUUGCAGAAACCAUUCUCGGCGAGAUCGAUACGAUUCUCAAAGAUUUCCCCGGAGCCAGUUAUGAGGUCCAAGAAGCAGCUUCCAAUCCACCCAACUCAUGUCCUUUCGAUCACGCCCUCACACGCGCAAUAGCGGAUAAUGCCGAACACAUUCUUGGACGAAAGCCAAUUGCUAUACCAUCGCUUGGUGCUACAGACGCUAAGCACUGGAGAUACAAAGGCGUGCCUGCCUACAGCUAUGGUCUUUCGCCAGAAGGCAUGGCUGGUAUCGAUGAGAGCGUCGACCUCGAUGAUUAUAUCAACCUCGUCAAGAUACUCACAUUGACCGCGUGGGACUUCUUGACUGGCCCUGAGUAG